GCCGAUCUAAACCGGUUUCCAGGCCACUGGAAGGGUCCCAGCAUGGGGAACUCGGACACGGACCGGAAGGCGUCCUACGAGGAUGCCUCAGGGGAGCACGGGGAGGUGGUCAGCACGAUUUCCAGCAGCAUGAACCCGCUGCAGGCGCCGGACGCCUCCUCGGAGGAGCCCUUCACCACCUACUUUGACAACAAGAUUCCCAUUCCCGAAGAUGAGACGCACUCGUGCUUUAGUUUCCGCAAGCUCUGGGCUUUCACGGGGCCGGGCUUUCUGAUGAGCAUUGCCUACCUGGACCCAGGCAACAUCGAGUCGGAUUUACAGUCCGGGGCUGUCGCAGGAUUUAAGCUGCUCUGGGUCCUGAUGCUGGCGACGAUCAUCGGGCUGCUCCUGCAGCGGCUGGCGGCGAGGCUGGGCGUGGUGACGGGGCUGCACCUCGCCGAAGUGUGCAACCGGCAGUACCACAAGGUUCCUCGGAUUAUCCUGUGGCUGAUGGUCGAACUCGCUAUCAUUGGAUCCGAUAUGCAAGAAGUCAUUGGCUCGGCGAUUGCUAUUAACCUCCUGUCUGUGGGGAAGAUCCCGCUGUGGGGCGGCGUGCUCAUCACCAUUGCUGACACGUUCGUGUUUCUCUUCCUGGACAAAUACGGCUUGCGAAAACUGGAAGCGUUCUUUGGGUUUCUGAUUACCAUCAUGGCUCUAACGUUUGGCUACGAGUAUAUCACCGUAAAACCCAACCAGGAGAAGCUGCUAAAAGGGCUGUUCGUCCCGUACUGCCAGAACUGCGGCACGACCCAGCUGGAGCAAGCCGUGGGAAUCGUGGGCGCCGUUAUCAUGCCGCACAACAUGUACCUGCACUCCGCCUUGGUCAAGUCCCGGCAAGUGAACCGUGCAAACAAGAGGGAAGUACGAGAAGCUAAUAAGUAUUUCUUCAUCGAGUCCUGCAUCGCUCUCUUUGUCUCCUUCAUCAUUAACAUCUUUGUUGUGACCGUCUUUGCCGAGGCUUUCUUUGAAAAGACGAACGCGGAUGUGAACGGCGUCUGCGUGAACGCCAGCAGCCCGCACACCUCGCUCUUCCCAAACAACAACAAGACGCUGGAGGUGGAUAUCUACAAAGGGGGCGUCGUUCUGGGCUGUUACUUCGGCCCUGCUGCUCUCUAUAUCUGGGCGAUCGGGAUCCUCGCUGCCGGCCAGAGCUCAACGAUGACGGGGACCUACUCCGGGCAGUUCGUCAUGGAGGGCUUCCUGAACCUGCGGUGGUCCCGUUUUGCCCGGGUGCUGCUGACCCGCUCCAUCGCCAUCACCCCCACCCUCUUCGUUGCCAUCUUUCAGGACGUCGAACACCUGACCGGCAUGAACGACUUCUUAAAUGUUCUUAUGAGCCUCCAGCUUCCGUUCGCUUUGAUCCCUGUCCUGACAUUCACCAGCCUGCCCAGUGUCAUGAACGAUUUUGCCAACGGAUUGUUCUGGAAGAUCACUGGCGGCGUGCAGAUCUUCCUGAUCUGCAGCAUUAACAUGUACUUCGUGGUGACCUAUGUCAUGUCCCUGAACCACCUGGCUUUGUACAUCGGGGCUGGAAUCCUCAGCGUGAUCUACCUGUCCUUUGUGGCGUAUUUG